GGCCUGCCCCUGACGUGUGGUGGCUGGCUGAGUAUUUCAGCAGUGGCAACUGGGCCUGAUCAGUGCAGAAGUCCUGGGCUGCCUGCCCCUGGGACUCUCCUCUAGCCAGGCAGCCCUCACCUGCCACACGUGGGUCUCAGCCGGCAGGAGCAUCCCCACAUCCUGAUGGCGUCAGAUCACACAGCAAAGAACCAGCCCCAGACAGCCUUGACUCUGGUGGAGCAGAUCCUGGCGGAGUUCCAGCUACAAGAGGAGGACCUGAAGAAGGUGAUGAGGCGGAUGCAGAAGGAGAUGGCCCGUGGCCUGAGGCUAGAGACCCACGAGGAGGCCAGUGUGAAGAUGCUACCCACCUACGUGCGUUCCACCCCGGAAGGCUCAGAAGUCGGCGACUUUCUCUCCCUGGACCUGGGCGGCACCAACUUCAGGGUGAUGCUGGUGAAGGUGGGGGAGGGCGAGGCAGGCCAGUGGAGCGUGAAGACCACGCACCAGAUGUACUCCAUCCCCGAGGACGCCAUGACGGGCACCGCUGAGAUGCUCUUCGACUACAUCUCUGAGUGCAUCUCUGACUUCUUGGACAAGCAUCAGAUGAAGCACAAGAAACUGCCCCUGGGCUUUACCUUUUCCUUCCCCGUGAGGCAUGAGGACAUCGACAAGGGCAUCCUUCUCAACUGGACCAAGGGCUUCAAGGCCUCAGGAGCUGAAGGGAACAACAUUGUGGGGCUUCUACGAGAUGCCAUUAAAAGGAGAGGGGACUUUGAGAUGGACGUGGUGGCAAUGGUGAACGACACAGUAGCCACGAUGAUCUCCUGCUACUACGAAGACCACAAGUGUGAGGUCGGCAUGAUUGUGGGCACUGGCUGCAACGCCUGCUACAUGGAGGAGAUGCAGAACGUGGAGCUGGUGGAGGGCGACGAGGGCCGCAUGUGUGUCAAUACGGAGUGGGGCGCCUUUGGGGACUCGGGCGAGCUGGACGAGUUCCUGCUGGAGUACGACCGCGUGGUGGAUGAGAACUCCGCGAACCCCGGUCAGCAGCUGUACGAGAAGCUCAUCGGCGGCAAAUACAUGGGCGAGCUGGUACGGCUGGUGCUGCUCAAGCUUGUGGACGAGAACCUGCUCUUCCAUGGGGAGGCCUCGGACCAGCUGCGCACACGCGGCGCAUUCGAGACACGCUUCGUGUCGCAGGUGGAGAGCGACUCUGGCGACCGCAAGCAGAUCCACAACAUACUGAGCACGCUGGGGCUGCGGCCCUCCGCUGCCGACUGCGACAUCGUGCGCCGCGCCUGCGAGAGUGUGUCCACGCGCGCCGCGCACAUGUGCUCGGCCGGGCUGGCAGGUGUUAUCAACCGCAUGCGCGAGAGCCGCAGCGAGGAUGUGAUGCGCAUCACAGUGGGCGUGGACGGCUCAGUGUACAAGCUGCACCCCAGCUUCAAGGAGCGGUUCCACGCCAGCGUGCGCAGGCUGACGCCCAGCUGCGAGAUCACCUUCAUUGAGUCGGAGGAAGGCAGUGGCCGGGGUGCGGCCCUGGUCUCAGCUGUGGCCUGCAAAAAGGCCUGCAUGCUGGGCCAGUGAGGGCAGAGGACGAAGGAAGGCAGAGAGCUCAGCCACCACUGGAACCCCGCUCUGCGAGGGCAGGGCGCUCCCACAGGUGAUCCCAGUCUGCUGAGGGCAGGAGGCCUCGCCUGGAAGGACCCCAACGCUUCAGUCUCACCACCACCCCUGGAAGAUGGGGUGGACCAGAGCCAAGCAGGCCUCUUCCCUCCCCCAGGGCACAAGGGGUGGGGGUGAGGAGGAUUGGAACAGGAUUCCUUCCUACUGAACUCAGUAACCAAGGGAGUUGCUCACAAGGACUUGGUUGUGUCCAGCGCUUCCUGCCUUUCAGAGCUAGGGCCUAGGCCUCUGCUGGGAGAGGGGUGCUCCAAGGCUGCUGUGGCUUGGCUUCUCUGGGCAUUCACCUUUCCUAGGGAGGCAAACCCAGACCUGGGCCCCUUGGGCUGCUGAUCACCCUAGUCUGGCUAUUUUCUAGCCUGUGGCUCCAGAGACCCAGGGGUGGUGGGCGGGGGACAAUGGGAUGGACUUCCCAGACUUCCAGGUACCCCAGGCCUUGCCCUUCCACACCGCACCCCUGAGUGGGUCAUGCUUCUGGGUGGACCACCAGGAGGUACAGGAGACAGAGCCCCAAGUCUCUGCCCCAACAGGCCUACAAAAGGGAGAAGGCCCCCCUUGCCCCAUAGGCAGACUGGGAGCACCCCAUGGACAGCCCAGGAAGAAACCCAGAGCAGCAUUCAGGGGGUCCCCAGAUCCACCCUCUUAUCCUCACCAGAGGCCAUGCCCCUGUUUCCAUGUCAACCUGGGACUCCAGGGUUUUUUAAUUAAAGACUUUAAGAGAUUCAAA